AAAACUUCCGUUCUGCGAUUUCCUCCCCGCUCAAACGCACCCUCCGCAUGGCUUGGAUGCACAUCACCAAGGCGACCAACGACAAUGGACUUUCGUCCUCGGACAUGCCAGCACCAACACCAGCAGUAGAGAGAUCGAAUAUAUACGAAGUAGCUUGACUUUCCUCCUCCUAGAAACGACCAUGGCGGGAGAAAGGGAGGCAAGGCCAGUUCCAUCUCGCCGGAACAUGGAUCGUAACGAUCGACCUAGCGGACACAGACGCGGCCGGAAAGAACCGCCAAAGCCCAAACUUAUUGAUACUUUUGGUCGUCGUUGUCAGAUACCAUGGACGUCCGAAGAAACCGAGCAUGCGCAAGAGCUGAUGGAAUAUCUGACGGUUCAGUUAAAAGAACAGGAGGGUACAAGCAAUCUUCCGCAAGAAGAAAGUCAUCAGUUGCUCUCGACACUGCAACAAUUCCUGAGACAAGACGAGCUCGAUCGAAACGAUCCACUACUGACAAAAAUUGCCUACUAUUUCAACGACGUCAAGUGCGUUGAUCUCGACAAGGUUGGUAAACUGUUGAAAAUGAACCAACAAGUGGGCAAUUCUCUCAACAACAAGGAUGUCAUUCUGCUCUUGGGAAAUACGAGCAGUGGCAAGACAACCACAUUGCAUUCUAUUGCGGGGACUACGUUUAAGGAAGUGGUAGUGGAUGGAUUUGUGCAUCUAAAACCAACACAGUUUUUGGAUGCUACCGUCGCGGGAUACGAAACCUCCGGCACUCGCAAUUCGGUCACAAAGUGCCUCCAAACAGCACAUCUUAAAGUGCAGGACGAUGAGUACGUCAUAUGCGAUACCCCCGUUUUUGGCCAAUUCGACUCGCUUGAAGAGGAAAUUGCGCAUAAACACGGGUUAUGGGAUGCCAUUUGCCAUGCCAAGACAAUACGGCCCGUCUUUGUUCUGAGUCAAGAAUGCCUGGGGAACCGAAUGUCAGGACUGCCAGAAAUCUUCAACAUGAUGACGAGCUACUUUGACAAUCAGAUUCUGCUGGAUGAGUUCGAAACAUUACCCUUUCAAUAUGUCUUUACACGAUUUGAUGACCGCCAUAGAACUCGUCUUUGGAAGAUGUUCAAGUACUACCACGAGAGAGCCAACCCCUACCAAGGAGAAAACCCGGCCCUGUUUGACAAGGUAGUCGAUGAUUUGAUCCAAAAGACAUGCCCCGAGGCCAAUGUCGUCUGCCCAAUCAGCGAUAUUCCACGGUACUUGUUGCGAUCAUUGCUCAAAGAUUCAUCUCUACACUGCUCACCCAAAGACACUCUCAAGAAAGAGGGGCCCAGUUCUGCAUGGAACUUGUUGCACAUUCAACUCAAAUUGGACUUGUACGGUAUCAUGAUGCUCCUCGCAACACAAGAUUUUGAAGCGGCUGUAGAAAAAAUUACCAAGUUCACGGAACUUGCACAAGUUCUUCCCACUGCCAAAACAUUUCUGGAAUUGGCGUUGAAGGCGUGUGAGCGGUAUGCCAUUGUUUUGUGGGAAUCCUACAAUACCAGCAUGGAAAAGAAGGACUACAUCACGGCGUUGGUGUUUGUGAGUCGAUCGCUGGACCUUUCGGAGGCGCUGCCGGACAUGGAUGACUACAUUCGGCUGUCCUACGAACUCUUUUGGCAACAAUUUCAGAGGACAGAAACAAUGCCAGGUCAGAGCUUGACGCAGGAAUUUCUGCAGCAGCUACGAGAAAUCACUCAGCUAAGUCCCGACAUGCACGCUGAAGUCAUUGGGGGUAUCCGGUCUAUGCGGGGUGCGAUUGUCAAGGAAAUGUCCAGGUCUCAGGAGUUUGCUCUCCUUCUCCCACAAUUCAAGUUGCUAAUGAACCUGAGUUCUGUCUUUCCAGAGGCGAACAAGGCAGCGACAGAGAUACUUGACCGACUGGAAACUAGAAUCAUGGAUCGUGUCAAAGAAAAGGAUUUUCGAACCUCUACGGAAGAACUGCUAGUUAUUGGACGCAUGGCGCAGGAAUUUCCAGAGCGGAUGCGCUUUUGCAUGCAUGCAGUCAAACUGUACAAACACGCGUUGGAUCAGGCUAUCGAUAAGCAUUUUUACGAACAAGCUGGAGACACCAUGGUUUUUCUGUCGCGGUUACAAGCCGAAUAUCCCGAUGCUGAAUGGUAUGUGGAGCGGGGGCUUGAAAAGCUAUGGAAGCAAUUCAGUGCAUCCAUCAAGCAACGAGAGUAUGCCACCGCCGUUUGCAUCGUCAAGCAUAUGAGCAAGCUGGCACACUCUUCUGAUACUGCGUUUGAAAGGUCACGUCUUGGUAUUGAAGUAAUUCGGGAUAGAUUGUUCAAGUCCAUCGAGAGCAAAAACUACGGGAUGGCCCAAGUACUGAUGCAACAGUUGACCCGCUUGGAGAAGGGACUUCCACAGAAGCCCCUUCCGACCAAGACCAAGGAGGUGCAACGACCGCUGUUUGACGAUAGUGAAAGCGGCUCAGGAUCUGGUCUCGCUGCCAGCGAUGAUGCCGCCAGACGAGUGAAGCGUCAUCAUCAACCGACAAAAGAACGUAAGAGCAACCCACUUGCGAGCAGUCCACCAGCUACCCCACUCAUGCGUCCGACCAAGGAGACUGCCCGUGCUCGAAUAGAAGGCACUCCUCCAAUGAAGAAUCGCAAUCACAGCGACCGUGACGAGUACAACAGUGCCGGGGGCGAGGAUUCGUCGUUUGAUGAAAAGCGUGACGACUACAAUGCGCGCAAAAAGACCACCAAGCGACGGGGAGACGAAGAAGAGGCAUAUGGAUAUCCUGCCAGGCAUGGAGCUGUCGACCGGGAUGACUACGGAGCUAGAGCAAGGGACCAGGAUGACUACAAAAUCAAAUCUUUGGCUGAGGAAGAAUACAGAGCAAGGAAAGCCAGGGACGAGGAAGCAUACAGAGCUAGGGCACGGGAGGAGAAGGACCCCAGAACGAGGGCAAUAGAAGAGAAGGGCCACAAAGCGAGGGGCAGGCGUGAACAUCGAAGUAGUGGAAGAGACAGGGAAGCAGAACGCUAUAGAACGAGGAGCAGGGAACGUGAUAUAUUGGAAGAAACGCGCGAUGAUUACCAUGGUCGGGAAUCUUCGGAAGAGGAAUACGAUGAUAUGUCUGAAUUGACAAUGAGUAUCAUUGACUACAAUCGAAAGCACAAACAUCGACACGAUCCCGCGGAUUUGGCAAGGCAUGAACAUCCGCCUCCACCAGUAGCGAGAAUCGGCAUAACCAAAAUGCCCAAACAAAAGCGACGCGACUCACCUCCACGAGGCGAUCCUCUUUUCGAAUCGUCACCACCGCGGACGGAUCGCUACGAUUCACCACAAAGACGAAAAAGUCGUAAAGAACCACCUGUUGAGACGCGAAGACAGAAACAACGCUAUGACCCCCCUCCUCGUAAGAGCAAAAUCAGACCACCGUUGCCUGGGAGUGAAGGAACGCAGGAUCCUCCUCGGAGGAGCAAGAGCAGACCACCAUCCCCUCCUCACAGGCAGAGGGAACGCGAUCCUCCUCGGAGGAGCAAGAACAGACCCCCAUCCCCUCCUCCCAGGCAGAUGGACCGAGAUCACCACCACAGAGAUCCUCCCCCUCGGAGAAGGAGCAAGAGUCGCCAGGACUCUCGUGGCAAGCAUCGCAACGAAUCACCGACUCGUCGACGUCAUGAAUCCCCUGUCAAACGCCGCAGCACGUCCAAAGGACGUGCAUCGUCUCCGCGUCGCAAAUCUCGAGCUUCUCGCAAGUACUACAAGAAUCGCAAAAAUGUUGUCAAGUACGAUGACUACGAUGCCUAUGACGAGUACGAAGAGAGCUCCAAGCCCUUUGAUGAGUCUAGCUAUCAAGAACGCACCACACUUCCCUCCGACGAGGAAUAUGGAUUCAGCUUUGGGGAUGACAAAACUCCAAGACGAAGAAGCGAUGGCGGUGACUACCAUGAGUACAAAGCCAAACAACGUUCCAGUAGUCUCCCCAAACUACACCGCAACAGUGAUCGUCAUCAUCGUCACGAGGACGAAGGGGAUUCCCAAGUGAGCUCUGUUGUUCAGCAAGAGAACACACGUGUUCUCCGUGACAGGAUGCUCCGUGUGGCAGACAGCUAUACAAGUACCGCUACGGAAGACUUGAUCUCUUCUUGGGAUCCUUGAUGGCGCAGUUCCGAAAACAGAUGUGGCAACUUGCUAGCUAGCUAACAACAAUAAGAGACGCAUCUCUCUCUAUCCAAACCCUCUAAUGUGCCCUGCUUGGGAUUGAAUGAAUCCAUUCAUUCAUUGAUUGCUUAUUACAAACCUAU